CUAAAGUCUCGACACUAUCACAACCAACAACUAUUCAGUCGUGUUUCCCCUUCCGGCCAUCAUGAGUUCUCAGCAACCUCGCAACGGCAACUCAGCCUCCAACCGAUCUCCGUCUAACAAGUGAGACUAUGCCCCAUUCUCCCACUGGCAGAUCGGCACCCUCUAAGACAGCCACUAACAGUCGCCAUGCUCGGCUAUGUCCGCUAACACAACAAUGCUACAGCAGCACAGCCGCCCAGAACCCGGCCAUGCUCUCCAGGUUCCUGUAUGACAGAACCGGCUUGCCAGAUCGCCUAGUAGCGAGAUCGUUUAAUGCUGCGACUCAAAACCGCCCAAACGGGCAUGAAGCUAGCGCAUCUGAGCUGGAGUAUUACAUGGCGCAAAGCACGAGUAAUGCAGAUGCAACAGCAACUGCAAAUUCGCAAGCAGGCAGGACGACUGGGAGAUGAGGCCGGACUUGUCUGUCGGAGGGACGAGCGUUUACUUGGCAUGGAGCAGAAUUGCCGAAGCCAACAAAUCAUGGAUCACACAGCGCGGAGUAAUGGUGUAUACGAA